AACAGUUUCUUUUUGUACCACCAUUCAUUCUCUCAAAUCCUAACCACUCUCAAGGAAAAAAAAACAAACAACGAGAUGUCUUCGUCGAGUGUAGAACAACACAUAGUCCAACAUUUUACCCAUAUCCAUCCACUAACGAAGGUUGACGAAUAUCGCAAGUUCACAUGCGGUGGCUGUAAAACCAACGGCUUUGGGAAGACCUAUCGAUGUGCCCUGUGCGACUAUGAUCUUCACGACCAUUGUGCCAUGUGUCCCUCUACCCUCAUAAGCUUUAUUCAUCCACAACAUGAGCUCCAGCUAGUUUUCAAUGGACCAGAACAUAUGUGCAACAUCUGCCACAGAUUGGUCGAGGGAGUUUAUUACCAUUGCGAGACUUGUGGUUUCGAUGUCCAUCCACUCUGCACACAGCAUCAUCAGCACGUGAGCUCCGUGCCUCACCCGGCUCAUCUCUUAGAGCUGAGUCAGUGUGGAGCGAGCAACACGUGCAUGGUUUGCCGAGGCGCAAUCUUAUCCUGGCGGUACAAGUGGGGUCCAUGCAUGCUAGAUGUUCACGUGGAAUGCGUUAAUUCGUCUGCACCAGCUACUACAGAAUCUCAAAUGGAUUUGAGCACUACAAAUAAAGGUCAAGUGUCGGGUCCGAGUAAAAGAAGAAGAGUGUUUAGAUUUUUGAAGGAUUUAACGGUUGAAGUUGUCUGCACUGUCAUCGCAGAAAGGUAG